GACCGAGGAGGAAAAGAUAGACCACCUAGGACAGCAUGUGUCGUUAAGCCUAGGACGGGACAUAAUGGUCAUUGUAGCCGCAAGCCGGUCUUGGAAGGAGACCCGGGAUGUGAUGAUGAGGAAGUACCUAGCGGCGGAGAAAAUGGCAACGGAGGCCGACCUAGCGGCAGUUCAGAGGAARAACUUCGCAAYRUACAAYGAUUUYCUACGRGAAUUUACUCUAGUAGCACUAAGGAUCCCCGGRGUCACGRACCGGAUAAUGAGCAAAUAUUUCCUCAGGCAGUUCUCCGAGUUCGACAAAGACAAGAUCCUGUCAGCCUACCAACAGACGAGCAAGUUCGUAAACACGCGGGAUGUUGAUUUUAGCACGGUAACAGAUCUGGCUGAGAAAACGGUAGUAACGGAAACGUUGGCCUUGCUCAAGGAAGGAGAGAUCAUAGAUUUGACCGGUAGGACGGGUGACAAGGUAAAGAAGGGGAUUGAAAGUCUACAUGAACGGGUGCACGGGGUCGACAAUAAGAUUGAAAGGAUGAAAGGCGCGCUAAUGGUUAUGCAAGCACAAGUAUCCCGACCUGCCCUCCCCCCCCAGAAAGUUGUGGUCCCGCCAGGUGUGGCAAACCAGGGAUACGGACGGAGAGAUCCUGCUAACGAGCAAUGCAAGUACUGCACCACGAUAGGACAUUAUGUGUGCGCAUGCCCAAAGCUCAACCAUGAUAUUCUGAAAAGAAGGUGUAUCAGGUCGUUAAAGGGGGAGAUAUUUAGACCACAGGGAGAACGGGUGAACUGGAACUCACCAGGAGGGAUGCGGCGAGCCAUUAUCAUGCUCAACGGGUUAGAAAUAACAGCCGUAGAAGCCGAACCGGUGGGCGAGAUCAUCUGGGAUCAGCUCCGGAGGCGUGGGCCGCAGGCCAACUUUAUUUUGGAAAGCAACGGACGUGAUAGGGUGAACGCAACCACUCGACUGGGAACGAACGGGAGAAGGAUUAACCGUGACACCAUUAUGGAGGAGGUCGCCGGAAGCUCCGAGCCCCAGGCGGAGCCUGAGGCCGAGGAACCAGAGAAAGUCUAUAGGAAGCUUAGGGAAGAGGAGCCUGCGGACAAGGUUACCGCCGCUAAGAAGAAGUUUAGGUAUGAAAUCCCGAUCUUAACCUUGCCUGAGCUCGAUGACACCAUUAGCAAGUUACUAGGUACCAUGGUGUCUGUGUCUUUUCAGACCAUGCUGCAGGCUAGCGCUAGGUUGCUCAAAGGGCUCAGACAACUGUUGACUCGGAGGCGAGUAGAAAUAGGCGACAAUCCCGAAUUACCAGAAGGGGAGAGGGAGGAGGAAGCUCCGCAAGAAGUGGCUAACCUUCAGAGGAGUCACGGGGACUUUGAGGAUCUUGAAAAGGCCUUUGCAGACAUUCGUUUGAGCUUGCCCGACCGAGAGGGCGGCGAAGUCAUGAGAUCGCCACCCGGGACGAAGCUUAGCUUCCAUGCGCUGCCCGUAGGGAAACUGAAAAUUCAGAUCGGAAGUCAUCAUAUCGACGCAUUAGUAGACGGGGGAGCAGAAAUCACUCUCAUAAGGAGAGAUUUCGCAACGAUCGUGGGAUGUACGGUGACAAGGAAGAAGCCGGAUCCGGCAAAAACUGACAAGAUAUCACAAUGGCCGACACCGUUGCGCACGACAACGGAGGUAAAGGCAUUCCUAGGCGUAGUCGACUUUUGGAGGAUUUUCAUUAAGAACUUUGUCAAGAUUGCUGAGCCUAUCCGGGCUAUGAUCAGGGAAGAAGGAACCAUGGAUUGGACGAAGGAGCGAGAAGGAGUUGUCCAAAGGCUCAAGGACAUAUUGACAUCUGAGACAGUCACCCUUUCUGCGCCUUGUUUUAAUGACGAAGUGGGACGACCGUUCAUCCUAGAGACGGAUGGAAGACCUUUGGUCGUAGGAGGGGCUCUGAAGAAUUACAGGCCUAUAGAUCCAACGGUAGGGAGAUGGGUAGGAUUCAUCUGGCAGUUCGAGUACAAGAUCGAACGGAUUGCUGGAAUCCGCAACAAGGCAGAUGGGCUGAGUCGGGUUUGCAUCACUCCCGAAGGGAUGGAGGAUGCAGAGUCCAUAGACGCCUUUCUCGAAUACGAAGGAGGGACUCUCGCGGUGGAUAACGAAAUGAUGAGCGAGGGAUGCACAUCUGGAGAACUAUUAAUCCAAACUUUGGAGAAGGGGGCACCUGCCGUAGUUGCAGAACUUAGGGAAGGACCAGUUGCCACUCAAGGACGCAGAGAAGAAAAGGACUCAUGGGGAGCGAUAGUAGGACCGAAAGAGGAGCUAAUGGCAAUGGCGGUCGAGGGAGGCCGGGAGGCAGUGAUGAGCUUCGUGGAGUCUUGGGAAAGGAAAGAGUUGCAAUGGGUGGUAAACCAGAUGCAGGAAGGAAAGGAUGGGGGCCAGGACGGAGAGGAUUUUCUCUAUGUCCAAUCAUACGAAGGGCUUUUUCGGAAGAUCGGGUUGUUGUUGGUAGGAAACAAACAAUCUACGGAAGUCAGUAUUAAAGCAAGAGAAGAAGCCGAGAGGUAUAUCCUGGAUGCGCGAGACAACUUGAGUGGGUUCGUGGAGGCAGCCGCCCUCAAGAAAAAGACAGGGAGGAGUGUGGCGGACUGGAUAGAAGACUUCUACUUAAGGCAUCCGUUCGUCAGGAGGUUUAUAGCAGACAAUGGGACGGAAUUUGUGAACCAAGAAGUGUUGGGGAUGCUUAAGAGACUCUGCGUUCCGAUCAAACUCAUCGAGCCGUAUCACCCUGAGGCCAAUGUACCUGUGGAAAGGGGGCACCGAACCUUGAAGAACACGAUUGCAAAGCUCGCAGCAGACCAUCCGGGGAACUGACCUAGGUAUCUUAAGCAGGCUGUCUUUGCAGAGAAUAUGACUCCUAAAAGGAAAACAGGAUGUAUCCCGGCAGAGCUUUGGUACGGAAGAGAGCUCGACUUUCCUAUAGAAGCCUUGGUACCUACCUGGAAUAGGUUAGAUGAUGAUCCACAAAUGACCACUGAAGAGUUAAUCGAGGCAAGAUGUCAACAAAUCCUUAAAAAUGAG